UAAAGCUUGAUCACGUGACUCAGUUACCUGUCAGGUGUGGAGUGGAAGUUUAUAAGUUAGCUGUGAAUGAAUUGUAGUGUACAAAAUGCAUAGUCAAGGAAAUACAAAAAUGUUUCGCUCAUAUCAGAGCGUGUUACCAGCAACCAACAAAUUGUUACAGAUGAAAUGGGACCAAACUUACUACAAAGAACACCGACGACUGGUAAAGGAGGCGCAGCCUAUGGUGGACACCCGGGCGCCAGCGACCUACAUGCACCUUCACCUUAAACUGAAGAAGCUCCAGCUGGAAGAAGAGAGGCUAGCAACAAUAGAGCGUGACAACCGUAUCCUGCUCGAGAAGAUGUCCUACAUUAUGAGAACUCGUGGCCGUGUAGACAACAGAAAUAACUAUGAAUAUAAAAGUUUGAAUCGUGAAAAGAGACAGCGUGAGUUGCUGCGUGUAACGAAGGAGAACCAGUCGAUCUUGAAGCGUAUCAUGCUGCGUCAGCCGGAGUACAGCGCAAAGAAGUGGCAGCGGGAAUGGGAGGAGAAUCAGUCCUUCCUCGACAACAUCUCCCACUUCCCCAAGGACUGGUGGCUGGAAGAUAGAUCCAAGACGAGUCUGACGCUCAACAACAGUAAAACAAGCUUGAAUCGCUCUCGUACAUUUAACAAUGGCGAUCGGCAAAAGACUUUUGCUGAAAAUUCGCCCUACAACAAGCCUCAGCCAGGCGUCUCUCGUGGGGGUACACUCAUUGACAACAACCAGUCCAGGUCCCAGAAACCGACACCUGUAGAAGACAAACCUGACGACAGUCCAAAAGAUCGACCUGAUGAUAACCCGGAAAAUUAAAGAAAUGACUGCCUUAUUUGGUUCACUGUUCAUUCUGCGUACUGAUUGGACACCGAUUUAUCAAGCUCCAUUGAAUCAAUAUGUGGAAACUAAAUUGUGGAUCAUGCAAUAUUUUAAUGAGUAUUUAAGCUAGGUUGAUGACACUUGAUUAAGUUCUAUAUGGGGAAUAUGUACGUAAAUGUUUUGUUGUUGGGACAAAUAUUGUGGUUUCUAUGGUUACUGGAAUAUUUGGAAAGUUAAAUCUGGUUUUUGGAAGGACUCAAAAAGUACUUAGAGGGCCACAUGCUGAAUAAUUAUGUACAUAUGGGAUGUGUUUUUUUGGCAGACAAAAUUGUGUUUGCUAUCAUUACAGAAAUAAUGGAAAAUAAAAUCUGCAUAUAGGUCAAUGUUACUUAUGGAGGUAUUUUUCUAACUCCAACAGCAUUAAGUCAAUAUGGGACAGCAGUUUUUUCUAUGACAAAGAUUUGUCUGUGACAAAGCUCUUGACUUAAUUGUUGUCUCUCAUAUAUAAUUAUCUAUAUAUUUGAUCAUUUUAUACGGAAUACGGACUAAACCCCUCCCGGAUAAAAACCCUCCCGUCAUUUUCAUAGGGGGCGGACGAAAACCCUCCCAUGAAUAAACAUGGGCAGACAAAAACCCUCCCAUGAAAAAAACGGGGGAGGACAAAAACCCUCCUAUGAAAAAAACGUAGGCGGACAAAACCCCUCCC